GUCUACCUAGGCACCGGUUGACGUAGCCACAAAUCGUGACCUGAUCUUUUGGCAGCUCUUUUCAGUGCCGGACAAGUGAAUGCUCUUGCCCCAUGCUGUGCGAAUUAUUGCGCCGCUUGCCGCUCUCUGACCCACUUGCUACGCCGCGCAUUCAAUACCUAACGUAUUAGGACUGUCCACAUGACUGAGCCGCUACAUCAGUCCUUGCCCUUGUAUAAUAGUCGAGAUCUGCCCAUAUAGCCAGAAGCCUAUCCACCCCUCUUCAAUUCCAUUCGUGCUCAUCAUCCCGUAUGGAUUCUAGCUAUUCCCGCGAUGAUUGUGUCGCCGCAAUACGAGACUAUUAUGCCUUCCUCGCGGCCAUGUUCAUGGACCCAUCUUAUAUCAUCGAACCACCUCCAGACGGCUGGCCAAACAUGACUGCCGAAGCGAUGCAAGAGCUGGGUAAAUCACGGAAACCAGGCCCCGGCCCACCCGACCCAGAAGGGCUACCUGGGGGCUCAUUCAUCGAUUGGAGGCACAUUGUAGACCAAAUGAAGGAGGGGGAAGCGGACGCAGCUCUUGAACUUCUUGGUUCGCAAGGUGAGAAGAGACAAUUCGGUGGAAAGCUUCCAAAGAGUUGCAUUGGGCUCGUGCGCGGGGGUCUACUGAUGGGGGAGGAUCCGGAUGUCAUUGUGUUGGAUACAGCCGAUAGGCUUGUGUAUUGGAUGACUUGUCCGGCUGUGAUCAAGGAGAUUUCUGAGCCGAAGCCUACGUACUUUGUUGGUUCGGUUGAUGGCGAGGAGACUGAGACUAAUGGGAAUGCGAGUGGCGAGGAGGAUGUGGAUGAAAACGUCGACCAAAUCAACGAAGAUGACGAAGAUGAAGAAGACGACGAAGACGAUGACCUUGAUGACUUUAUACGAUGGGGUCCCUGCUGGCCCUUCCGCGAUUUCUUCGAAAUGCUGAAAUCCCAAUUCCGCGAGCUCAACUUCUUCGCCAAAGAUGCGUACCAAGUGGUCGACAAAUGGACCAACACAACGCCUAUAGAUGGGCCUAUUCUAGAGGGCCUCGUAGCUAUGGUGCAAGCUAUAUAUCGCCGCCAUGGAUGGCCAGAUGUCAGUCAGUAUCGCAAAGAGGAGUGUCUCGCCGAGAUCAAAAAGGAGUUGGAUGAGAAGUUUCCAAGGCAUGCCGGGUAUUAUGAUCGUUGCCUUGCUUAA